AUGUGUAGCCCAGUUGUUUCAGGUAUUGGAUUUGUGCUCCUUGUGGCGUGCUGUAUCCUGCUUAUCGCCGUUACCAUCUCCACUCCCGUCACCCAGGAGAUCUACAUUGCCGAGAUCACCGGCCCCACGGUUGCUACCAGGUUUGGCGUCUUGGGCGCCUGUUUCUCCAAGGGUACUCCUCGGGAUUGGCACUGUACCCCCAGGGCAGUCGGAUACACGCUCAACACCACCAUGUUGCCCCUCCUGAAGCAGUAUGAAGGAAUGGAGACCAUGAACAAGGUGGUUCACCACCUGUCGCCGUACCUCAUUGCCAACACGGUCGCUGGGGGUUUGGCCGGUAUGGCAUACCUCACCAUGUGCCUCGCAAUCUGGACCGACUCGCGCAUGUGGUUCGCUAUCAGCUACCUCUCCUUCUACUGUGGAUUUAUCGUAGUCUGGAUUGGGUAUGGUUUCAGCCUCACUUUAAAGAACUACCUCUCCUCUCAGAUCAAGGUCGCUACUGACGGAGCGUACCUGGUCAGCGGUGGUGCGGGCUUGUGGUGCUCUCUGGGAGCAGCUGCUACAUACACUGUCGCUAUCCUCCUCGUGCUCGCAGUCAAUUUCUCCCCGGGGGCGCCAAGCAGGAAAUGA